CCGCCUGGGCUUUGCACUCGGCGUGGACGUCCAUCCGAGCACGGUCACGCAGUGGGAGGUGAAGCUGAGGGCGUCGCGCGUCGCAUCCAUGAGGUAUUUCAUCAGGUCAGGAUAUAGCGGCAUCUUCGCAACGCUGUCUCACAGACUCGCCGUUGCUGCCUCGCGCGGGUCCGGGUCUGGCGCCGAGGGGGAUGAGUUCGAGAUUGGUUGGGGCGCCGUCGUUCACUGUCUCCGCGGAGAUGCCACCAACGCCCAGGUGACCCGCUGCCCCGAGGUCGGCGCGAUCCCGCUGUGCAAGGUCGCUGGCGUUGAGCUGUUCAACUCUGUGGGCCGCCACGGCUCCUUCGCCGUCCCAGAGUUCAGCCCAGCCUGGAUGGUGACCGAGCUGAAGGAGAAAGAGGCUGCAGAGCCCACGGACCUCCUGAUGGCGUGCGUGGAGAAGACGGUCACGUGGACGUACAAGUACACAGAGAUCGCGGAUCUCAAGGCUCUCGACGUGCGCAUGACCGUCGUGCAGCUGGAGAUGUCCACAGAUGCGGUGGCCGCCUUCGACAAGGCGGCGGAGGGGACCCGCUUCCGCCUGACCAGGAGGCCCGCGCCCCAUGCGCUGACCGCCACCCCGAAGCCCGUGCCCAAGAAGGGCAAGGGCAAGGCCAAGGGCAAGGGCACCGGCACCGACGGCGACGCCAACGGCAGCGGGCCCGCGGCGGCGCCCCCGAAGCAUCUGAAGCACCUGAUGCGGUGA